AUGUCGGGGUUCGAAAUCAUUGGCGCUGUGGCCGCUGCUGAACAAUUUGCCGAAGUCGCGUUCAAGACUAUCAAGCUGAUCAAAUCUGUUGCCGACCAAAUUCAAGAUGGCCCGGACCAAAUACAGCAAAAAAUUGGACGACUCGAAGGCCUCGCAUCGCUUGCUAAACAGAUACAAAAUACAAAGUCUUUGCAAACAGAAGAUAUUGGUAAAAUAUUGACUCGGUGCGAAUGCCAUGUGCAGUCAUUGCAAAAUCUCCUGCAAAAGAUUUCAUUUAAUCGCCGUGAUUCGAUUCGAAAAAGGACCUGGAGAGCUAUCUCUGGCCUGAAACAAGAAGCAAAUAUUUCAAACCUCUUCGACGACCUGGAUCACGAGUAUAACUCACUCAACACUCACAUGAAUCUUCGCAUUUUUACAAUCGCUGAAGAUAUACAAACCGGAUAUAAUUCAAUUGACAAAUCUAACACAACGGCCAAUUCCAGCCCCGAUUCUUUAAAAUGUCAGCAGGCGCUGUUCAUCACAGAUCCUGCAAUUGAUCGUGCCAAACUCAUCAACUCCAAAGGAGAGCUUGUACAAGGCACCUGCAACUGGGUUGCUCAGAAAAAAGAGUUUGUCGAAUGGAUGAAUUCCAAUGGAGGACUGCUCUGGAUAUCAGGUGGCCCUGGCCUUGGUAAAACCAUGCUAUCAAUUUACCUCACCGAGUACCUCUCGGUCUUUUUUCUUUCGUCUGGAGAUACGAGAACCCAUUAUUCAACUUAUUUCUUUUGUAAUGCCAAGGAUAAUACGCGCAACAACGCUGUGGCCAUCAUUAGGGGAAUACUCUUCCAACUCGUUGAGCAGAAAAAGGAACUUAUCCGACAUAUCCUUCCCAGAUAUGAAGUGCAAAAAGAGCAGUUAUUCUCUCAGAAUUCAUUUGAAACGGUCUGGAAAUUCUUUCUUGAAAUGACAAAUGAUCUCGGAAACUCGCAGGCGACUUGCAUCAUUGACGGUCUGGAUGAGUGUGAGCCAAUCUCACUGGAGCUCCUGCUUAAAAAUCUCAAGAAAAUCACAAGCACAUCGCCUAGGCUCAAAAUCAUUGUUUUGAGUCGAGAAUAUCCUCAAAUUUUUGGAGCAUUACUUGGUCAAUUUCCAAGAAUUCGCCUGGAUCCCGAUGCAAAAACCGAGGUCAAUCGCGGGCUUGAGCAGUAUAUCUCAACGCGUGUUGCAGAGUUGUCUGAGAGCAAGCAAUAUACACCUCAGCUAGCGAAUCAUGUUAAAGAAUGUCUAAUGGAAAAGUCCGCAGGCACAUAUCUGUGGGUAAGCUUCACUGUGAAAGAUCUUCAAACAAUGGAAAUAUCCGAAGUGGAAGAGAGCCUAAAUCAAUUCCCUCAGGGGCUUGAUGCUCUUUAUGAAAGAAUCCUUCAACAAAUCGAAAGCACACAGAGAGGCCUAAUCUUGAAUAUCCUUCGGUGGUGCACAUUUGCAGUUCGGCCGCUCUCACUCAACGAACUUGCUACCGCUUUAGAGAUCAAGUCCACUGGGCUGCUUGAUAGGGUCACAAUAUUGCGAGGAAAGCUUGCUUACUGCGGCCAUUUCCUAAACAUAACGGACGAUACCGUAACUUUGGUUCACCACAGCGCGUACGACUUUUUAACGCGCCAAAUUCCAAGCUCCGAGGCGAUACCUUGGUUUCCAUUGUCUAAUGUUGAAUUGGAGCAGUCAAAAUUGGCAUCUGCAUGUAUUUCUUAUUUCUAUGAUGUAUACUCCAAGGAUAAGGAUGCUUUCCUGGUUGAGACAGUUGAAGAUGAUGAAAGGAGAAAACUUCGCUAUCCCUUUUUUGAUUACGCAUCACGGCAGUGGACUCAGCAUUUUAAACAUUCUGGCCAACUGGGCGCGGAAAUAUUAGAUGAAUAUCCAAAAUUCUUCUCUGAUGAGUCGGAACUUCUCAAAUUAUGGAUGGAGUUGGCCAACACCAUAUGCUAUGCGGAUACGACGAAAGAACCGCAUAAGGCAAAGAAGUCAUAUUAUGACAAGCCAUUAAGUGGACAGGCUGAAUUAGCGGCCGAUUAUGGACUGACCGUUCUUAUGAAAAGAGCUCUCAAGAAAGACGGAAACACCGGAAGCACGCAUCUCCAAAUAGCCGCUGCAAAAGGACACGUUCCUAUCCUCGAGAUGCUCCUUGAGAACAAGGUGCAUAUUGAUUCACUAGAUUCAUUCGGCUACACAGCUUUAUAUUGUGCCGCUGAAAAUGGACACCUCCCUGCUGUCACUAUCCUCUUAGAAAACAAGGCGGACAUUGACUGCAAAAUGACUGAUGGGUGCACGGCGCUCUAUACGGCUGUGGUAGGAGGCCAUUAUAAAAUAGUCCAGUAUCUACUGGCGCGUGGUGCUCAUGUCACUGAUGGCCCAAAUGCCUCGGAGAGGACUUGUCCUUUGAAGAGAGCAGUUUCCUUGAAUCGACGAGAAAUAGUGAAGUUGUUUCUUGAAGGGGGGGCUGGCGAUCGACCGGGGGACGCUUUCCAACGACACUUCAUACCAAUGUUCAGCGUAUUUAUAGAAUAUUGGGCAGAGAGAUUUUGCGCCACUCCUUCGCAGUUUCGGGACAAAGUUGAGCUUGAAGACACCACAGCUCUCCAUAGUGUUUGCCAAACAGGAGAUCUGCCAUCAAUCCGUGUGCUUUUGGAUCCAAAAUGGAACCUCGACAUGAAUCGCCAGGACAAGAACGGAAACACAGCUCUCCAUUAUGCCGCAAUGACAGAGGAUGCGAUGGUGCGAGUCCUUUACAUGUCGCUGCACAAAGUUUAA